CGGGCUCGGGACGGGCUGGGGACCGGCCGCCGCGUACACACACCAGGCCCAGCUCCCGAGGGCGCCAGCGCGGCCCCGAGGAGCCCGCGGAGCUGGCGAGCGUGCGGCCUGCCGUUGGUUGCCUGUCCACCACGCUCGGCGCCCACCCGCCCCCGAGGCAGGGUCCGAGCGCCCGGGAAGAUGGUGUCCUGGAUGAUCUCCAGAGCAGUGGUGUUGGUGUUUGGAAUGCUUUACCCUGCAUAUUAUUCAUACAAAGCUGUGAAAACAAAAAACGUAAAGGAAUAUGUUCGAUGGAUGAUGUACUGGAUUGUUUUUGCCCUUUAUACUGUGAUUGAAACUAUAGCAGAUCAAACAGUUGCUUGGUUCCCUCUGUACUAUGAGCUUAAGAUUGCUUUCGUCAUAUGGCUGCUUUCUCCCUAUACCAAAGGAGCAAGUUUAAUAUAUAGAAAAUUCCUUCAUCCACUUCUUUCUUCAAAGGAAAGGGAGAUUGAUGAUUAUAUUGUACAAGCAAAGGAACGAGGCUACGAGACCAUGGUAAACUUUGGGCGGCAAGGUUUAAACUUAGCAGCGACUGCCGCUGUUACUGCAGCAGUAAAGAGCCAAGGAGCAAUAACUGAACGCUUACGAAGUUUCAGUAUGCAUGAUCUAACAGCUAUCCAAGGUGAUGAGCCUGUGAGACAAAGACCAUACCAACCUCUACCAGACACAAAACGGAAAAGUAAAAUGGCCUCCAGUGAAUCAGCAGGUUAUGGAAUUCCACUGAAGGACGGAGAUGAGAAAACUGAUGAAGAAGCAGAUGGGCCAUAUUCAGAUGAUGAGAUGUUAACCCACAAAGGGCUUCGAAGAUCACAAAGCAUGAAAUCUGUGAAAACCGUGAAAGGCCGCAAAGAGGUGCGGUAUGGGUCACUAAAAUAUAAAGUGAAGAAGAGACCACAGGUGUAUUUUUAGUCAUAUGCACUUCAAGAAUCCCAAGACAAAUUAUUCUAAUACAUUGACUUUUUUUCUAAUAUUACAUAUUCAGGAUUUAUAUAUUAAAAUAUUUCUUUAAACUGUGGCAGUGAUAAGGUUUACUUUAAUCAGUUUAAAGUUUUCAUUUCUUUAACAAUUACUUACAAAUAUGAUUACUAAAAGUAGUUAUGAAGAGCAUAUAUAAAUAUAUAUGUCAGAAAUAAUAGGAAUUUGUGUUAACAGUUUUCAAAUUCCUCAACAACACUGAGUGCCUGAAUAUAAGAUAAAACACAGACCCAUAGUAUACUUGAAAAGAGUCUUUUUAUGAUUCAAGCUACAUCAGCCUUUGUGACAUUGUGUUUACCUCCAUUUAUGUUAUAGACAUCAUAUAAGGAUAGUAAUUUAAUAGGCCUCUAAGCCAAUAGUGAUAGGACAAGGGCAUAAUGUAAGACAAAGGAUAUUUAUGUAUUCUUUAAAUUUUUACAUUUUUAAUACUUCCCAGUUUUUCCAUCAUCAACUGAAAGUUUUUGAAACAAUUAUUUGAAAACUUGGCAUCAACAUAGCACUUUUAUUCCAGCCUGACUAGUUCUGCACACUUUGUUCAUUUGCUUAUUUUAUGACUGCACAUUUAUUUUAAGCUUUAAGGACACUAUCUUUAUUGUUACUUGUCACAUCCUGACAUAACAAGUUAUGCCUUGAAUUACAUCGUGUCUUUUCCUGUGAGUUUCAUUUGUUAAACUCAUUAGAUUGUAAUCAUAUAAAAAUAUAGUUAAUUGUUUAAUUUUAACUAUUUUUAAUUAUCUUCUGUACAGAUAAGAAGUUAUGUCAAACAGUAGCCAGUUUCCAUAUGUAGCUCUACUUGGUAGGUGAACUUAGCACGUUUUUGUUAUUGUUGGUUACAUUUUCAGCUUUUAAAGGUGGUAACUUUUAUGAAAGAGUCAGAUCAGUACAGCAUUUAGGUCUCUUCUGAUUCAUGAAAUUCUCCAACAGCCAAUUCAUUCACAAGCUUGGCACUGACACGUGCUACUGAUGUAUAAAUCUGGCUUUGACUAGAAUGAUUUGAGUCACUUCGCUUCUGGCUGUGAUAAUUUUCUGAAGAUAGGUGUUAGUGAAAAAUACAGAUGUUAAUCUUACAUAUUAAAAGCUAUUAAAAUAGACAUUAGAAAAAUAUUUUUUUAAUCUAAGAGAUUUUGAGUGACUGACCUUUAAGGCUCUUUUAGGUUGCACUGAUGACUGUGCAUUAUGAACUCUAAGCAAAUAUAUUCUUGCUGAUAGUUCUAGUGAUCAGUAGUUAAAUUUGUACAGUAGUACUUGUUCAGGUAACUUACUUAAUUGUUAUACUUGUUUGUCCAAAAGAAAAAAACAGUGGAAGAGAUUUGUGAGAUCUUUGACCUUUCUACCUUUUAAGAAAUGAAGCCAGCUGGCAAUACAUAUUCAAGACCUCCUCCAAGUGUUGGCAGAGAAGACAAUGUUUACUCAGGAGGACCUUAGUAUAAUUCCUAGUUUUCUCUUGAAACAAGUCUUAAAAUAUUUUCUAGAUUAUCUAACAUUUUUUAUGUAUAAUACCAAGUAAAAAUUCGUUCAACUUCUUUUCUCCCAAAGUUUAAUUCUAUGAAUAUUUUUAACCUUUACCUUGGCUAAUUUUUACCCUCCUAGUUUCUAGAAACUCUUUGUGUUCAGGAUUCCUAUGAAUUCUGAUUAUAAACUCUCAGAAGAGAGUUUUAUUUAUAUUGACUAGUAUUAGAUUUACCAGUAUAAAUGCUACACCAUGGUUGUCUUCCCUAUGCAAAGGCAAUGUCAUCUCAAAUUGCCUGAAGAGGUCAUGUAAGGGACUUUGUAUCAAAAACAUUAAUUGUGGGGGUGGAUUUGUACCAUUUUAUCUUUUCAAGUCUAAUCUCGGUAUUAAACCUAUUAUUUAAUUAUAGUAAACUCAUAAAUACUGUUCUAAAUUAGAGGAAUUAUUUGUUCCCUCUACACUUCUAGAAUUAAAAUGUCAAAUCAAAGACACCAGUCUCAAAGAGGUAAUGCAUGCCCUUUUGUUUAAUUGUAUCUCUUCACAUUCACAAUGCUUCCUCUGAUAUAUUUCCAGUUAUAUUUAAUAUAUAAUGAUGUCAUUUUACUAUUAUCUUGUUUCCCUUCUCUUCUAUUCCUUAAGUCAUGCUUCUUAUCUCUUAUAUGUAUGUUACCAUGCCCUUUGCUUUGAACUUUGUAUAAUAAACAUACAUUUUUGUUUCUUUUAAGGUGGAGCAGGUCAUUUUUCAUUCUUCUGCUUUUAAGUCUGUUCUUUAAAAAGAGGUAAAAUCUAUCCCUAGGCCACCGUGCCUUGCUUUCCUACCACCAACACUUGGUGAAUGGAUAUCAGAUGUUGUGCAGGCCUAGAUAGGGAGCAGCUUUGGUAGGUGUUAACAGUUUUUCCAGACAUUGGACCUGGUGUUUUGUUUUAUUAUAUAUGCAUUCAACUUAUUCUAUAAUAUUAACUAUUUCCAAAAUUUCUUUGGAAGUAAGAAUUGAUCUGUUCUUUAGUUUACUAUAUUUUUUCCAGUAUAAAAAUUAGCCAGAAAUAAGCAUUAUUGUUAAGUAAUUAAUUAUGUAAACCCAACUAGUCCUGCAUAAGAUUCCCUCUACACACUUCACUAUAUAUAUAUGGAUUUGGCUAGAAAGUGAUAUUGCCAGCAUUACUAAUUAUAAAUACUUGACUAUACAGAUUGGUGGAACAAAAUUGUUAAAGUGUUUUCAGGGAACUUAAUUCAUAUGUCACCACCAAAGAUUUCUACAGUGUUAUUAAGUAUGUAAAUAAAUAUUCCAUAUUUCUGUAAAACAUUGGUUAGAUAAAUGUUUCUUUAUUUGGCAUAAGUUUGUGCUUCUGGAAUGAUUGAAUUUCUGUGUUGUUAAAAAUAAUAGAAGAUAUAUUAAGUAUCAGUAAUGUGUAAUUUUAAUUGGAAUCAACUAAAUUUUUAUUUUAAUUUAUCAGGAAAAUUAAGAAGUUAGUAUGUAUUGAAAAGCAAUUUCCUACUUUUUCUUCUGUGUAGGCUGAUUCAUUUAGAAAGCAGUCAGGUAAAUCUUCAGAUGUUCAUUGUUUCUGUGGUAUGUAGUGUGUAUUUCUUCAUAAAUAUCAUUUAAGAGUAAAGCUUUCUGAAAGGAAAGUAUAGCUUUUUCUCUAAAUGAUUUUAAGAUUUAAUCUUUUUGUAGUGUCCUACAGAUUAAUGUAUAUUAACUAUUUAAACAUUGACCAUGAGUUAACAUUUUCUCUUUUAACACCUUUUAAAUCUAUGUACUUUAAUAAUUAAAAGAAAGCAGUUUUACAAUUUUUUAAUCUCUUUGUAAAGGCUAUCUUUAGGCCUAGUUGGAAGUAAUAUUACAAAUGUGGGGGUUUUUUGAAAAUGUUAAUAUCAAAUAAACUCAUUUUAUUAGUGACA